AUGUGGGCACCAAACCGCACGAAGCCAUCACCUCACCGCACACCUUCCAUUGUUUCCAUCGCCUCUGUACAAUCUGCAACCCGGCCGUUGUCAGUACACUCGCCCAAAAUGAACUCGAUGCCCCAGAUGCCCCAGCAGCAGCAGCAAAUGCCUCAAAUGCCUCAGUUGCAGGCAGAACCCCCGAACUACGAUUCGGAUGCCUACUCCGACUUGGGUUCCGAUGACGAGCAGGAUUACCCUUCUAGGAUGAAUAACCCAGCACCGCUUGCGUGGAACAGGCCCCAAGCUGGAUCUCCCGCCAACCUCAUGGCACAGAAGAUGCAGGCCCAAGUCCAGGUCCAAGCCCAGGUUGUGCCUCCUCCUCAAACAACAAACCUGCAGUUCCACAACCAGCCGAGGCUACAACAACGACCUGUGGAUGACGAUGCCACAUCGAGAUCCUCAACGCUGGACGGCGAGGAAGACGACACCUACUCUUUGAAGAAGCCAGCAGCACCCCCUGUGCUCAAGAUGAGCAAGAUGAGCAUCGAGAAUGAGAAGCCUGCACCCCCUCCCCCAGUACCACACGUCCCUGGCCCUCUUGAGUCGCAGCUCGCGGCCCUCAUGUCCAAGCUCAUUCACAUUGAGCAGACCAAUCCUGUUGCAUCCGUCACCCCCGAGGAGUUCCUGGAGAUGAAGAACCGCCUGAAAGCGCUUGAAGAGGAGAAGAAGGUCUGGUGGAAGCGUCACGAAGCCAUCUGGAGCCUCCGAGACGAAGACGUCGAGAACAACAUCAAGAUCCGAGGUAUGCUCGCCAAAGCCCGCCGCGAACUCGAAGCCACCCAGAAACUCCGCGAUGAAGACCUCGUCAACGUACAAAUCGUACGCAGCAAGCUCGCAGAGAAGACCCGAGAGCUCGAACGUCUCCAAGCACAAUCACCCGCCGGCCGCAUCAGCCCCAACCGGCCGCGCAUGUCCAGCUUUCUCGAGAGGCGCGACACUACAGACCUUUUUACUGCAGCCAAGAUCGCGGCCCUCGAGCAGCGCGCACUCGAGCUCGAAAAGCGCAACUCCGAUCUUGUCGAGCAACUCGGCGCCUCGCAGAACGGCGGCAUCGACCACCUCAACCGCACGACGGCGCAUCAGGCCUGGAAGGGCACGGUGACGGAUCUCGAAACUAAGAUUCGCGCUCAGGACGCCGAGCUUCAGCGGUUACGAUCUGGUGCUGGUGCGGGUGCUGCUACUCCGACUUCAUGGGAUUUUCAGAGACUGGAGAAUCUGAUGGAGGAACAUGCUAACUAUCGUGAGGAUGUGGGGGGGAAGAUGCAGGCGUUACGGAGUGAGAAGGAGGCCCUGAUGAGGGAUUUGCACCGCAAGGAGAAUGAUUGUCAUGUUCUUGAGCAGAAAGUACGGUCGCUGCAGAGGAGGUCGGGUGUAAUGUAA